UAUACUAAAGGCGCAUGUCGUGGUUGUAGAAGCGACCCGAGCAUCAGAUUCUGUAGCAAACACGGCGUCGACGACGGAAACUGGCGACGGACGCGGACCGCUGGCCGCCGGUCGGGAGCUGGCGCGGUAACGUCUCCCACGUUGGAACGGUCAUGUAAUUAAUCCACAUAUCACCGCAACAUGGCUGACUCCAAAGAAGUAACUGAGGCAGAGGUAAUGAAACCCCUCAUUUCAAAACUAUCUUUAAUGUACAAGCUGUUAAAGCUCUGUGCAGCAGUGACGCUAGUUUUUGUUUACACGGUGUAAACAACGAUGAACAUGUGAUUGUUUUGAGGGAACGAGGGGAAUAGUUUGAUUAAUGUCAACAAGUGUUUGAUAGGUAUGUUAGCGAUAUAAAGUAAUGUAGCCUACAAUACCUUAGCUUGCUUUAUUGUAAAGCUAAAUAACGUUAAUGAAUUAAUUGGGAUCUUGCAGUACUCGUAUAGAGGCAUCUCAAAUCAGGCUGAAGCCUCUUCCACUACUGGAAAAAGUGUUCGAUAUAUAUUAGCCUACUUUUAAAACUUUUUUCUUCUACAUGUUAUCUAAUAGCUUAACUUUUUAUAUCAUAAUUAUCAAUACAGCCUUUUCCAUAAAGGGGUGUUAAAGGGGACAUAUUGUAAAAACUCCACUAUUUUGGUAAAUCCACCGACCCCCAAACUCCCGGCGAUUUGUUAUGGUUCUUGUAGUCAGAAACGUCAUGCUUGAGUGACUGCGAAUGAGCUUCCUCAUCAUUGUGUCGUCACUAUGAAAUGGGGGUCUCGCUCACAUGGCCGCCGCCCCCCUCCCUUCACUCACUAUAGAUGCACAUCUGCCAAAGCGCUUCACUUUGUUUUUGCACACCUGGGAUGCACUUGGAAUAGCUAGCUAGCAGCAUGAAGCCAAUGAAGCCUUCGAGAUGCGGCGUGGUCGGCUGCGCAGAUCCGCACAGAUCUGUGCAUAACGUCCCGGCCUCAAAAGACACACGAGCGAAAUGGAUUGAAUUCAUAUUUGAAGGUAGUGCUCCAGAAAGAAUUGGCAAAAGUCUGUUGGUGUGCGCAAACCAUUUUGAAUUGGACUGUUUUACCAAUCUGGGCCAAUAUAACUCUGGACUCGCAACAAGAUUGACCUUGCAAGCGGGAUCGGUACCAUCUAUCCGUCGCAGUACAGACGGGGGAAUUAUAACCGAAGGGACAGACGGACAGUCCAUGGAAGCUGUUUCAGAGCCACCAGCAUCGGUGGAUGUUGGAGACCCAGAGCGUGUUUGUGAAGCUUCUUCUAGACCCUGUGAGCGCGCAGAGAAGGAGAACCCGGUAGUUGGUGAAAAAGAAGGGGAACGUAAUGAAAGUCAACCCGAAGAACCUGAAAUAAAAGACACCGGUUUGGUCCUUGGUUGUGAGCCAGGCAGCUCCUCAGAUUCUGAAAAGGAAGAUGGAGUUGAGGUGAAAGCCGAGGAGGAGUUUGAGACAAACGAGGAACGCGUCGCAAUAAAGGAUGGCUGCUCAGAGGACGGUCCUGCAGGACCCGACGCCAGCGAGGACGCGGAUAUGCACGAGACAACUUGUGAGGCGCUAGCAAUCACGGAAGACACGGAAACCAAGGAGAGCGUCAACGCGGAGGCAGAUGUCUGUAUGUUGAGGGUCUGUGCGGCGGCCGACCUCGAUGAGAUGAUGGACAUCGGCACGGUGGAUCAGGUGGAGCAGGAAGCUCAGAUGAAAGAGGAGCAGCAGCCUAACGAGAUGGACACGGACAACAGCCGCUCACCCUCCCCUGUAAACAGAGCCUCAACGAUGGAGGACAGUUACUCUGUGGAGGAGGGAGCUGAUGUGAAACCAGCAGUGUGGCCGCCGCCUGCGGAGGAGGAGGAGGAGCUUUCAGGGGACGUGGAAGAGGCUCCAGACACGGCGCAGUCCGGCUUGUUUCAGUCGUCUAAGGCCACGGCCACCUCAGGAAGAGACCGCUCAUCACCAGCGGCCGCGCUGAACGGGAUGAAAAUAGUCAAGCUGUCGAUCCCAAGAUUAGAGACUGUAAAUAAAAGUAUUCAGGCGGUCAAGUCGUCUCCUUCCACGCCUUUGGUCAAGGUGAAGGACGAGCCCAUAGAUGAAGAGUAUGAACAAGCUCUGAUACCUUCUGCAUUUGCAGCAAGCGUGAAAGAUGAGCCCAACACUGCAAAGGAGGGCUUGAGGAUCGGAUCGGUCUUCUCUGUGCCCCCAGCCGCCGAAACGCAGCGACUGCCCAUCUUCUACCCGUCAUCGCAGCACAUGUCCUGUUCCAGCUGCAAGAAGAGCCUGAUGAAAGGCCAGACGGCGUUCCAGAGGAAGGGCUCGCCGGCGCUCUUCUGCUCCACCACCUGCCUCACCACGUCCCUCCCUGUGACCAGAGGAGCCACUAAGAUCUGCUACCGCUGCCAAAAGUUUAUAACACGGCCUCAGGACGUCAUUCUGGUUCCAGAUGCUAAAGGCAUCAUGAGAGAGUUCUGCAGCCAGAACUGCCUGAACUCCUCCAACUACAGGAAAAACAUCUCCAACUUCAGGAUAUCUGCUGCCACCAAAAAACCUCCGCAACCAAUUUCCCCGCAGUCGCUCUGCAGCAUGUGCACAAAAUACUGCAUUAGUAAACACGAGGUGAUCCUGAGCGGUUCCAUCCACAAGAUCUGCAGCGACACCUGCUUCAACCGCUUCCGCGUGGUGAACAAGCUGUCCAUGGCCGGCUGUGCCAACUGUGGCUCCUACUGCCACAGCAGGCCGCUCAUGCUCAAGAUGGAGGACUGCAACAAAACUCUGUGCAAUGCAGAGUGUCUGGCCAGAUACAAAGCGAAUACGAAGAUAACCAAGCCCUGUACGAUGUGUCGCUCCACCCGGUUGCUGGCAGAAAUGGUUGACAACAAGAACGACGAUGACUCCGUGAACCUUUUCUGUAGCAGCAGCUGUGUGAUGGCAUUCAAGGUCCAGACUGUCAGUGCAUCAGGUGCUCUGUUGAAUUGUGAUAGCUGUGAGAAAAUCUCGGUCCCAGCUUACCACCUGGCCAUGUCCGACACCUCCAUCAGGAACUUCUGCACUUUACCCUGCGUCAUGGCUUUUCAGGAAAAGUUCAAAAAGUCCCAGAAACAGGUGAACGUUUUUACCAAGCUGCCAGUCGGCUCCACCCAAGUCCAGACCGGCCCUCCCAUUCAAACCCCGCAAGACGUCCCCAAAGGACCGCUGAAACUGAACUGCUCCCAGUGUGACCACAACAUAUCUUUUAAACCCGAACUCCUCCAGAUCAAGGACAAGUUGGUGUUCUUCUGCGGCGGCAGCUGCGCUCACGAGUACAAGAAAGACAACUUUGUGACGAGCUUGUGUGAAUACUGUAAGAUCGAAAAGAUGACCGGCGACGCCAAGAGGGUUAACAACCGAGACUGCUUCUUCUGCAGCGACGGCUGCAAGCUCCUCUUCAGACACGAGAUGUCUAAAAAGUGGGGGAAACACUGUCUCUCCUGCAUCUACUGCCACGGCAUGUCCAAGAAGCUGGUGACGGCCCAGUACGGAGGCUCCACGGAGGAGUUCUGCUCCGAUGAGUGCCGGUCCAAAUACACCAUGCUCUUCUGCCAUGUUGCAAAGUGUGACACGUGCGGCCUCAAAGGGAAGCUGAAGCAGAGUCUUCCCCUGAUGGGGGGAGUCAAACACUUCUGCAAUCUGAGUUGCCUGCUACGCUUCUGCUGCGACACAGUGGCUACGCAGGGCCGUGUUGUCAUGGGUCCUGAGGAGACCACGCCUGUCAUUGCCAAUGUCAUCUCACUUGCUGGUCCUCAGACACAGAAAUCAAGCGCUUCCGAGAGAGACGCCCAGCAGCAAGACACAAACGCAGGCACAGUCUUUCAAUCACAGAACUCUGCACAUAUCGGUAUUCAGACAGAUGCCGUGAGUGUCCAUCUUCCAAAGAUCCUGAAGAACAAGGCCGUGCUCUGCAGACCGCUGGUGCAGAACAAAGGAGUCACCUGUAAAACGCAGACCGCCGACGUCGAAGCACAGACGGAGGACGUUUACCCUCAAAUCAUGGUGGUUCCUGUACCAGUGCCGGUGUAUGUCCCUGUACCCAUGAACAUGUACAGCCAGUAUACACCCAAAUCUCUGGGCCUGCCAUUGCCGGUGCCGGUACCCAUGUUCCUUCCUGUGAGCACGGACAGCGCCGAGCGCAUCAUGGAAACCAUCCAGGAGAUCAAGCAAAAGAUCCCGUCGGACCCCUUUGAGGCUGAACUCAUCCUCAUGGCCGAGAUGGUCGCAGAAGAGCAUGAGAAGAAUGACAAGGAGGGACCAAAGGAGAAAGGAAUGGAGAAGGAGGGAGAGCGACAAGAAGCAGCGGCUUCAGAUGACCAAGCCAGUAACUUCUGUGACGACUUGGACACGGAGGAAUUGGCCAGUUUCCUCAACAACUGGGAGGACGGCACCUCCGAAGCGGGUCUCCGGUCUCCCGGGCGACCGUGCGGUCUGGAAAAGCUCCACGCCGUUCUGGACAUUCCCACCGUAGCGACCAAUCCGCCUUCCUCCGAACCCGUGGCUCCAGCGCCGACUCCCAUGGACGUCGAAGCUGACUUCGCUGUCGAAACUCUGGAGCGGAUGGCCCGGCUGAGAGAACAGUCCCAGCGAUCCCCGAGCCCGCCGCCUGCCGCCCCGCGACGACGACAAGCUCACCGUAAAGCCCGAGAAAAAAGGGGUCGUAAGUCCCAGCGGUCGCUGAAGGCAGCUGAAUCGUCCACCCAAAAAGGCGCCUCCAACAAGGCCGUCGCUGUAGACAUCCCGAAACUGAAGAGUCAAUAUGGAGUCGACGCCUGGAAGCGAUGGAUCCAGUGGAGGCAAACUCAACCCGACUUGGAGAAGCCGCGCUUCGGUUCACGGCCCAUAGAGCUGAAGGAGGAUGUUCUUCGCUGCACCACCGCCGAGCUGAGCUACGGCCUCUGCUGCUUCAUCGCGGAGGUGAAACGGCCCAACGGAGAGCCGUAUUCUCCAGACAGCCUGUUCUACCUCUGCCUCGGCAUUCAGCAGUACCUGUUUGAGAACGGUCGUGUGGAGAACAUAUUCAUGGAUCGCUUCUACAACAAGUUCUCCACUGAGAUUAAUGACAUGCUAAGAGAUUUCAAACCCUCGGUCACAGCAAGUGGUUACAUCCACUCCCGGGUGGAGGAGGAGUUUCUGUGGGACUGUAAACAGCUGGGGGCGUACUCUCCCAUCGUCCUCCUCAACACUCUGCUCUUCUUCUGCUGCAAAUACUUUGGCUUCACCAAGGCGGAGCAGCACCGCCAGCUGUCCUUCGCCCACGUCAUGCGCUGCACCAAGACCAAUCCGAACAACACCAAGACCACCUUCCUGCGCUUCUACCCGCCGAUACCCGCAAACGAACCAGAGAAAGAUCCAGAGGUUCCUGUGAAGAAGCGUAAGGAGGAAGGUAAAGAGGACAUUCUGGAGAUGAUGGAGAACACGGAGAACCCUCUCCGCUGUCCAGUGAGACUCUACGAGUUUUACCUCUCCAAGUGCUCGGAGUCGGUCAAGCAGCGCACCAACCUGUUUUACCUCCACCCGGAGCGCUGCUGCGUCCCCAACAGCCCCCUGUGGUUCUCCUCCACCCCUCUGAACGACACCACCAUGGAGGGCAUGCUCGUCCGCAUCCUCACCGUCAGAGAGCUCCAUCUUGGGAAGAGGAAAGCUGAAGGGACGGAGCCGAGGACGUCUGAGGAUUCACCGUUCAUACCAACCGACGAGGAGGAAGAAGGGGAUUCAGAGUGAUGUAGAGCAGACGUUCCCUUUUUAUUGGCAUAGGAGCCUGUUGUGUCAAUGUUUGUAGAUGGAAACUUAAACGUGGCCCGAGAAAUGGACAAUGGAGUAAAUAUCUGAUAGACAUAACAAUUUAAAAGUCCUACGGCAAUCACGUCUGUCCUUUUUGUGUUGUAUCUGGGGAACAAGUGUCUCAUGGAUAAUGUUUUCCUUCAUUUAUGUUAUUCUGUCAGUUUGAUAUUUUUUUGUUGUUGUUGCAUACAAGCACACUGAAAACUGCUUUGUGUGAUGUAAAUCUAAUUAUUCAAGUCAGUGACAAACAUGCAGUAUCGGUGGACGUUUUAACAAUACAUCUACACCAUCACAGUGUGUCACUUAUGCUUAUAUCUAGAUCCUGUAUUUUUCAGUAUUUUAUACCCUGAACAAACUCGGAAAUUGAAAUACUUGGAAUUCACAGAAAAUCACAUUUGAUCCAAUGAAAAGGGGGCGUGUGAAAAUGUUUUCACAUGAUUUGAAUAAAUUAGUGACAUACUUUCAUUGAUAUCUGGGCGAACUCUCCACAAAUGUUGUUAAAGACACUGACAUAAACACAAAAAGUUGAGUGUUGUUUCAUCAACUUUGCAUAACCUGGUGUAUAAAAAAAUGUCUACAGGCCCUACUGUGGCUGCCAAUGUCCUCAGCAUUUUCUACUGUAAAUUGUUUUUGAAUAAAAAUAAUUCAAGAGGGAGUUGUUUUAUGAGAACAGGAA